AUGUUGUGUUUCAAAAUCCCGGUGAGCCUCUGCAAACGGAUCCAAUCUGCACUCACGCGGUUCUGGUGGGACCAAACACCUGAUGUGCAGAAGAUGAGUUGGUCUUCUUGGACGAAGAUGACAAAACCUAAAAGCUCCGGAGGUCUUGGGUUCCGUGAUAUUCAAAGCUUCAAUGAUGAACUUUUAGCCAAACUCAGCUGGCGAAUUCUGAAAAACCCAACAUGUCUUUUAGCCCGAGUUCUAAAAGGAAAAUACUGCAACGACUACAACUUCCUAGAUGUCCCUACCUCCACUUCAUCGUCGCAUGGCUGGAGAGGAGUUCUCAUUGGUAGAGAUCUUUUGGUGGAACAACUAGGCAAGGCAAUAGGGGAUGGUCAGACUACUUCUUUGUGGAAUGAUUCAUGGCUUUCACACACGUCCCCAAUCCGACCUCUAGGUCCCCCAAACCUACACGACAAAGACGCAAAAGUUGCUUCCUUGAUCAACGGUACAGAAUGGAACAAAGAAAAGAUUGAAGAGAUGCUCCCACACCACUUACCAAUGAUCAUGAAAAUCCGACCUAGUCGAAGAGGAGCACAAGACGAUUACAUCUGGCUGCCAUCUAAAUCAGGAGAAGGCCUUUUUGACAAUGUCUGCUGUGUGCAUUGUGGAGAGCUUGAAACGACAGAACAUCUCUUCUUCCGGUGUGAGUUUGCGCAGAAAGUUUGGUCCCUAGCUCCGUUUGGGAAGAGCCUCGAUCUAACAACAAUUAGCUUCGAAGCCUCUGUCAAAUUCCUGAAACGUCUCGUCUGCUUACCCCCCACCGGAAUCAGCUCCGGGCCUCUCUUCCCCUGGAUUUGCUGGACCAUUUGGUCAGCCCGCAACUAUCGCAUCUUUGAAGAUAGAAUCUUUACUCCGGAAGACACGAAUCUCAAAUCUAUCCAAGAUGCUCGAGAAUGGCAAGAGGCACAGGAUUUGGAGAAGAAACCUCACCAAGCUACACCACGAGCGACUAAUCAACGGACUCUCCACCCCGACACAGUGAUCUGCUUCACUGACGGAGCCUGGAAACAAGAAACUGCAAUCGCGGGAGCAGGAUGGAUCUUCACCAGCAGAGAAGGAUCCAAUCUCGAUUCAGGCAGCUUGGCGGAACCAUUCGUCUCUUCCCCUCUCAUGGCAGAAGCCAUCGCGAUCAGAUCCGCCUUGAUCCAAGCCUUGGAGAAGAACUUCCUCCACCUCCAAAUCAAAUCAGACGCUCAGGAUCUAAUCCGAGCCCUAACAUCGCAAGAGAAGAUAAAGGAAAUCUACGGUCUCCUUUUUGACAUUCAAUCUCUCGCAAAGUUAUUCACUUCGAUCUCCUUUCGAUUUGUUCCGAGAUCGGAGAAUCGAGAAGCUGAUUUCUUGCAAAAUCGGCUGCAUGCAAUCUCACAUCCCGUCUAG